GAGAGUGGGAGUGUCCCGGAUGUAGGAACUCCCUGGCGGCUUUGCGUGGCGGAGGGAUACAUUUCACCCACAGCAGACAGAACAAACAGCAUCGCUGCGCCCCAUAAACCGCUUCCGCCUCUACAAGACUCUCUCUCCGCUCUACAAACAUGGCUGAUCAGCUAACAGAGGAACAAAUCGCAGAGUUUAAGGAGGCGUUCUCACUGUUCGAUAAGGACGGAGAUGGCACCAUCACGACUAAAGAGCUGGGCACGGUGAUGCGCUCUCUGGGACAAAACCCCACCGAGGCCGAGCUGCAGGACAUGAUCAAUGAAGUCGACGCUGACGGUAAUGGAACAAUCGACUUCCCCGAGUUCUUGACCAUGAUGGCCAGAAAGAUGAAGGACACGGACAGCGAGGAGGAGAUCCGCGAGGCCUUCCGGGUUUUCGAUAAGGAUGGAAAUGGCUACAUCAGCGCUGCAGAACUGCGUCACGUCAUGACAAACCUGGGCGAGAAGCUCACGGACGAGGAAGUGGAUGAGAUGAUCAGAGAAGCCGAUAUCGACGGAGAUGGUCAGGUGAACUACGAAGAAUUUGUACAGAUGAUGACUGCAAAGUGAAGCUUCCUGCCAUCUUAGAAGAAAAAAAAGUUUUAUUUACCUCUUGUGGGGAAAAAAAAUACAAUUAUUGAGAAUUGUUUCUGUACAGAGAAUGAUUGAAUGUUGAAAUGAAAAUAUCUUCCUUCUGUCCACAUGGAUAUAAAAUCAAAAAAAAACUCUGCAUGAAUAAGUUAGUGCUCCAUCCCUGCAGAUCCACACUCUGUUAUUAAAAUAAAAGAAAUAAUCGACCUACAGCUUACUACCCACAGACACCGCACACGUAAAGCUCGGCUGAUGUGUGACCUCGUCAUCUCUCCGUUUUCUCUUCUUCCUGCAUGCAGAGUGAGAAUGAACGUGACGUACCAGACCUUUUAUAUAUCGAGACAAACUGGGACCGAUAAUAGACGUGUGCUGAUAUUACAUUUACACAUUUCUUCUGUUAUUAUGUCAUCAAUUAUUGUAAUGAAUUAACAGUAUAUUAACAAUUGGCCGUAGAGAAAUCAAGACCUUUUUCAAAUUUAAGGCAACCAUAUAAACAUGAGGAAAGUCCAUAAUAAUAAUAAUAAUAAUAAUAAUAAUAAUAAUAAUAAUAAUAAUAAUAAUAAUAAUAAUAAUAAUAAAGUAUUGUGUGUUAAAUAUCGCAGUUGUUUUUAUUAUUAACACAUGCCUAAUGAAUAAACGCUGAGGGGAAGGGACUGUUGUCGGAAAUUAAAUAUAAAAAUAGGCUAAAAUGUCUUUAAACAUUUGGCAUGAUUUAGGUUUCAUUGAAGGUUUUUUGUGUUAAUGUUUGCUUGGAUGGUCAUCUUCUACUGUGGAGGAGAGACGCAUGCAUAACAUCAUCAUCAUCAUUAUUAUUAUUAUUAUUAUUAUUAUAGAAUACAUUUCAUUUGCUGAGUUCAGUUUACAUCCAUUCCAAGUUAUACGUGCUACUCUUUUUUUUUUUUUUUUCUUUUUUUUUUCUUUUGGGUUUUUUUUCCAAAUAAAAAACACCAUAAACAA